AAUGCAAUAGGCUGCACAAUCAGGGGAGAUGCUAGGUGCAAUUGAACGCUUUGAAAUGGAGUACAAAAGCAUUAAAAAAGGUUGGGACUUGGGAGCGAAAGAAUUAUGGGAUCAAAUGGUUAAGAUGCGAACUGAGACAACCCUUCCUGAUGGGAAUCGAACUAUGAAUGAUGAUGAAAUAUGUGCAAAGGUUCUUGGAGUAAAAUCAGGCUACAUCAAGGGUUGUGGUUUCGGCCCUAGGCCUCCACCAUCUAGCACUUCUCGAUCAUCACUAGAUGAAAUGUCUGAGAAGAAUAAAGAGUUAGAAGAUAAACUUGAAGAGACCCAAGAUACUAUAAAGGCUCAACAAGAAAAGAUUGAUGCACAAAACGUGCUGAUCCAAGAAUUGCAGGAGCAAGGCAAAAAGUUUGAGCAGUUCAUGGCAACCUUUAUGAACCAACAAGCAUCAAGUUAGUUAUGCGUAUCUAGGAUUUAGUAUCAGUUAAACAAGUUCAUUGAUUUUUGGAUCAUUUUUAGUUCAGUAUUGACUUUAGACUAUUCCAAUUAGUAGUUAUGGUAGACAACAUUAUGAAUUAUUAUUUUGUUUAUUGUUUAACUAGUUUUGAAUAAGAAUCCUCUUUUUAGAAUAAAAUAAUAUGUAUC